UCCAGAAGGCAGGUGGGACUGUCACUCAAACUAGGACACUGACACUGACACAGAGCUUACAUUCAGGUGGGAUUCCCCAGGGAAGAGAGAGACAGGGAGUAGCCGGCCGACACUGAGGGUUCUUUUGCUCUGUUGUACAGGGGGAGAGGCUGCACAGGACCCCAGAGGCUGCAAAGCCACAGCAAAAGCUCCAGCCGUUGUUCCAGAACGUAUACUAUCCAUUGCCAUCUCUACCAUUCAGCACAUGUUCACUGAAGAUGCCAGGAUACCACUCUUCCCCUGUUCAGUAUUCAUCCCUUCCCUAUGUCGUUGCAACUUUGCAAAGCACGGCUAUACCGACCUUUAGAUUUCAGCCGCGCAGAGAUGGCAUUGACUGGAGGCGUUUCAGUGCCAUUGACAUUGAAAGGAUCACUCGAGAGAUAGACAUAAAUACUCUUCAGGAGAGCAUCAAUUCUAUUACCUUCUGCAACCUAGAUGGGGAGAAGUGUCCUUAUUGUCAGCAGCCAGUCGACCCUGUGCUCCUGAAGGUUCUUAAGAUGGCACAAAUGAUCAUUGAAUAUCUACUGUAUUGCCAAGAGCACCUACGCAGCAGAGAGGUCCAGCUAGAGGAGCGCUUGGCUGAGGCAGAGGCUGAACAUGAGCGCACUAAGGAUGAGCUGGCCAAACAGGCUGAGGAGAUGAAAAAAGUCAAAGAGGAAAGCAAGAGAAGAAAAAAGCUUAUAGCUACUCAACAACUGCUAUUACAGGCCGGAGCUAACAAUUAUCAUAAGUGCCAGCUGUGUGAUAAAGCCUUCAUGAACUAUUCCUACCUUCAGGGACACGUUCAGCGCAGACACCCUGAAAUAACAGAAACCGAGAGACAAAAGAAGAAGCAGGUGGAGCAAAUGGAAGAUGGCAUUGAGGAACUGAAAUCGAAACUACUGAAAACUCAGGCUCUUCUUGAGGAAGAACGGGAGAGGGAGCAUAAAAGAAGGCUACAGGAGGCAGAGGAAACACGGCAUCGGGAAGAAAAUACAAAGAGAGACGUUGAGCGAUGGAAAGAGGAGGAGAGAUCCAAACGCCAAGAUGAGAUGGAUAAAAUCAUGCAGCAAUUCCAUUCUCAGCUUCAGGAGGUCACCUUGAAAAACUCCAUUUAUGAAAGUAGAUUUCACAACCUGGAGAGUAAGAAUUCCAUGAUGUCCAGUCUUGUGGAUGCAGAAGAGCGACUUGAGCAGAAAAGGCUGCAGGAAGAAAUGAGGAACCUGAAGGAAGAGAUUGAUCACCAGCAAUCAGGGUGGAAAAAGAAGUUGAAGGAGAUCCAGAGGGAGCAUGAUGCUGAAAAGCAAGAGCUUCAAUAUGAGAAUGAAAGACUGAAAGCAUCAAUGACAAGAGACCAACAAGCAGUAGAUGAACAGGUCACUAAACAAAUGCAGUCUCUCAAAUCUCAAAUUAAGGAGAAGAGCAAGCUGAUCAAGAACUAUGAACAAACUAUUGAGGAUCUAUCAAGAAGCAGAGAAGUUCCACAAGUGGCGCAAGUGGUUUUACCUGUUGCAGCAACAAAAGAUGAAACAUCUGAAGAUGAGCUUGACUACUCUCAUAGCCAAAAUCUGAAGUACCUGGAGGAUUUGCGAAGGAACCCAGACUUCAUCAAACAGUUUCGCCCUGUGUUGGAGCAGACUUUGAUUGAGAAGCUUGAGAGCCUUGGAGUCAAAAAGGGCUCCAAGGGAAUAAAUUCAUCUACACACAAGAAUUUGAUAGCACUCCUGCAGACCCAACUUGAGCAGAAAAUCCGCAAACAUCCAGAAAUCCAAAAAAUAAGAGCCAAGAUGGUUAAAAAAUUAACACAGAAAGUGAAGCAAUGGCAGAAGAAUGAGGAGACUCAUCAAUACAAGUUUUCCCCUUUAUCAAGUCAGAAAGCAAGUAAUAAGCGCACUGCUCCUCCAUCUGAUGAAGGGACAUCACACGCUAGAAGCAGAAAUGUGCUAAUGGUUGGUGCUCAGCAGAGUGCUAACCAGGCACCAGUUCCAUUUCCAAGGAGCAAAGCAACAGGCCGACAGAAUGCAGCUGCAGGGACUAAUGUUGUGGUAACUGCAAGCAGGACUCCUCCUUUUACUUCAGAAGAAGACUCCAUGAUGGGCCAUGGUUCAUUUCACACCCCGUCACACAAACCCUCCAAGGAAACACAGCAGAGUUCCAGACCUAAGAGGCAGACAGAAUCAGACAGUGAUGAGUGGUCUGAUUCAGACUUAUCCCCUGGCAAACCAAGCCCUCGAUCUGUGAAAUUUUCCACGGGGAUGACUAACCAAGGCUCCAAGGUCCAUUCAUUGGCACAAAGCUUAGAGAGGCAGCAGACCAGACCGAGGGGAAAGCCAGUGGGAGGGGUGGAUAUCAUGAAAUCUCCACCCAUCAAAUCACCAAAUAAAUCCAAAGCAGCAGAGAAAAUGCAGGUAUCGGACGAGAGUGAAUCUGAGUUCUCCUCUUUGGAAGAAAUCACGGAGCACUUAAGUACCAAUGAGGGAAAACCCCAACCUGCUGUGCGCCUGAGUGCAGAGUCCAUGGGAUCCCAAGGCACCAGCAUUUGGAGCUUAAGCAGCAUGAAGGGUGGAGGAUGGUGACAUGUAAGGAGUCUUGUACAGCAAGUUUAUAGCGAAAUGCCAAAAUACAUUAACACAUACCCUAAGAAAGUGAAGACCUUCUGCUGGACCCAGAAAACUCCCUACCACAAGGAUCUCACACUAUUUGAAGACUUGUAUCCUAUGCUUCUGGGUUUACACUGGUAUUUUUGCCUUGUGGGGUUUUUUUGUUUCUUUGUUUGUAUUUUUUACUCUUACUUUCUAAAUUUCACAUGUCAUUUUGCAACAGUUUUUUUAUAUAAAGAGUCUUGUCACCCAGUGUGACCCAGUAUGUAUGCAGCAAUAUACCCUCAUUUUCAAUACUAGUGCAGUAAAUAGGGCUGAACUUACUUAUCACCUAUUGUUUUAAUUGAGAUAUGAGGUAGGGAGGGAACUGUUUAUACAGAACUCAUUAGGGUGCUACUAAAUUGUCACAGGUCUCUGUGCCCUGUCCUUCCUUUCUGAGCACAGAAACAUGUGGUUCUGCCAUGAACCAAUUAUCUGUUAGUGUUUUAUAAGAGAAACAUAAAGUAAAAGAAUAGAUAGACUUAAUUUUCAACAGUCUUAUUUAUUGUGCUCAUAUUGACCAGGGGUAUAUAAGUGUAUACUGUCCCUCGGAAUCAUGUGAUCAGCACCAAUGUCAAGGCUCUUUCACUAAAACCUGAAUAAUUAAUACCAAUAAGCAAAACAUUUAUUUCUCAUUCCAUAGUCCAUUAUUUCAUUUUCAUUAUACUUAUAUUCUUAUAUUCUUUAAUUCUUUAUUUCAUGUGUAUUUCAUCCAUUGAUUCUUAACAUGAGAUGCAAUGCUCAGAAUAGCAAAUGCAGAAAAUUGAGAUUAUGAGUGAGGAUUAUGGGAAUGUUACUUGUUUACAGACAGCGGGA